UUUUGAUCGGACAGGCGACAUUCCGCCAUUUUGUUUAUUUUCCAGUGGUCCUACGGCACAGCGACUGACGUUCAUCCAAUAUUCUCCGUUCAUUGUCGUGCUGUGCGAAAGUGACUUUUUUGACAGAUAUAUGGUUCCAGUGUUUCCCCUGGAAACAGGGGGUGUAGAUAUCAGCAGACAUUGGGCGUUUCCUUAGUAAACACGUCAAAGUGACCGUGUCAGGUAAAAACUCACUCACUCCCGGAAAAGACAGUGCGGUCACACUCAAUCUCAAGAAGUUAAAAGUUUUGGGCCAAAAUCCUGUCGUUGCAAUCAUGAAUCACGUCCACAACAAGCCUGCUCUAAACAAUGACGUCGAAGAUAUGGAAACCCAAGACAGUGACACUGGUGAUGGUGAAACACAAGUUUCCAAUGAUCCAUUUAAGAAUGAUGACUCUGGUGGAGGUGAUAUAAUGGACGACAGUCCCAUGCCUUUUGGUGAAAAUCAAGAUGGAAACGUAAUACAAGAUGUAGAAAUGGAAGAUGAUGACUCACGGUCAGAACUACGAUUCCAAUAUGUUUUGAAGAAUUUCAGUAAACUUAAGGCUCAAACCCUUUCAACUCCUUACUUUGUAAGAAACUUACCAUGGAAGAUCAUGGUUAUGCCUCGAUACAACCAAAGUCUUGAGAGAACUCCAAGUCGAAGCUUGGGUUUCUUUUUGCAGUGCAAUGGUGAUUCAGAAUCACCCUCUUGGAGCUGUUAUGCAAGUGCUGAGCUAAGACUCCUGCCGCAGAAAGAAGGAGUGGAACCGUUCGCCCGAAAAAUUCAGCAUUUGUUCUACACAAAGGAAAAUGAUUGGGGCUUCAGUCAUUUUAUGACUUGGGAAGACAUUCUUGACCCUGAGAAGGGCUUCAUCAAGGAUGAUUCAAUAAUUUUAGAGGUAUUUGUUCAAGCUGAUGCACCUCAUGGAGUAAGCUGGGACUCAAAAAAGCAUACAGGAUACGUUGGCCUCAAGAACCAAGGUGCUACAUGCUAUAUGAACUCCUUGCUCCAGACAUUAUUUUUCACUAACCAACUCAGAAAGGCUGUAUACAAGAUGCCAACAGAAAGUGAUGACUCCUCUAAAAGUGUAGCCUUAGCUUUGCAAAGAGUUUUUCAUGAGCUGCAGUUUUUGGAUAAACCUGUUGGUACCAAAAAGCUAACUAAAUCAUUUGGGUGGGAGACAUUAGACUCAUUCAUGCAGCAUGAUGUACAGGAGUUCCUAAGGGUGUUGUUGGAUAAAUUAGAAAGCAAAAUGAAAGGUACAUGUGUGGAGGGAACUGUUCCAAAGCUAUUUGAAGGCAAAAUGAUUUCCUUUAUCAAAUGCAAGGAUAUUGCAUACACAUCAAGCAGGCAGGAAACCUUUUAUGAUAUUCAGCUCAAUAUCAAAGGGAAGCGGAAUAUUGAGGAAUCAUUCCAAGAUUAUAUCCGGACUGAAUCUUUGGAUGGAGACAACAGGUACGAUGCUGGUGAGCAUGGCCUACAAGAUGCAGAGAAGGGUGUGAUAUUUGCUGCUUUUCCUCCUGUUCUGCAUUUGCACCUUAUGAGAUUUCAGUACGAUCCAAUUACUGACAGCUCUGUCAAGUUUAAUGACAGAUUUGAGUUUUAUGAGAAAAUAAAUUUGGACAAAUACCUACAGCAACCAGAAUCAACCAGUGCAGAAUAUAUUCUGCAUGCUGUAUUGGUUCACAGUGGAGACAACCAUGGUGGCCACUAUGUUGUGUUCAUCAAUCCUAGAGGUGAUGGGAAGUGGUGCAAGUUUGAUGAUGAUGUUGUGUCUCGCUGCACAAAGCAAGAAGCAGUUGAUCACAAUUAUGGAGGCCAUGAUGAGGACAUGAAUAUGACUGUAAAACAUUGUACAAAUGCGUACAUGCUUGUGUAUAUUAGAAGUUCGGAGUUACAUAAUGUCCUUCAAGAAGUGACUGAGGAAGAUAUUCCUGAGGAGCUGGUGGAGCGCUUACAAGAAGAAAAGAGACUUGAACAAGUUCGAAGAAAGGAGAGGAACGAAGCCCAUUUAUACAUGAGUAUUAAUGUUCUCUUAGAAGAUAAUUUUGAAGGACAUCAAGGCAAUGACCUUUAUGACUCUGAUCGGGCUCAUUCUUACUACAGACAACUUAGAAUGAAGAAAACUUCAACACUUCAAGACCUAAUGGAACAGUUAGCAUUUUCCAUGAAAUACCCAAUAGAGCAAAUUAGGCCUUGGCCAUUCCAACAACGGUCCAAUCAAACUUUCCGACCUUUUAUGGCUGACAUUGAAGGUGAUGCCCAUAAAACACUGGCUGAAUUGGCUGAAAACCAGAAUCCAUGGAACAUUUUUGUGGAAGUUGUAAACCCAGAUUCUGGGCGUUCUGCCUUACCUCAGUUUGACAAAGAUGCGGAUGUGCUGCUAUUUUUCAAGCUUUAUGACCCUAAAGCUAAGCAGAUUUACUAUUGUGGUCAUCACUAUAUGCCUGUGGCUUCUAAAGUCCAGGAUUUGCUACCACUUCUAAAUGAGCGAGCCGGCUAUGCGCCUGACACUGAGCUAAUUUUAUAUGAGGAAAUUAAGCCCAACAUGGUUGAACGUAUUGAAAAUCUUAAUGAAUCCCUUGAAAAGGUUCUUGAAGAACUGAUGGACGGAGAUAUAAUUGUCUUCCAAAAAGAGGUUGACAAUUCUUUUGACCUUCCUACUUGUCAGCACUACUUUAAGGAUCUGUUUCACAGAGUUGAUGUAACUUUCUGUGAUAAAACAAUUCCCAAUGACCCUGGCUUUACUCUGAAGUUGUCACAGCGAAUGAAUUAUGACCAACUGACAAAGGCAGUUGCAGACCGACUGGGAUGUGACCCUUUCCAACUUCAAAUGUUUAAGACUCAAAACUACAAAGACAGUCCAGGUGCUCCAUUGCGUUGCAAUUUUGAGGGCACCCUGAAAGACCUAUUGAACAACUGCAAACCAAAAGGCCCAAGAAAAGUUUUUUAUGAGGUUCUGAGUAUUAAAGUCAGUGAACUUGAAAACAAAAGGCCGUUUAAGGUCUUGUGGGUGACACCAAAGUUAAAGGAAGAAGAGUUCACUCUGUAUCCCAAUAAAAGUGGAACAGUAGCUGAUUUGUUUGAAGAGAUGAGAAAGCAAGUAGAGCUCUCACCAGAAAUUGGCUCUGGCAAAUUAAGGCUUUCUGAGGUCAGCUGCAAUAAAAUAACUCCUGGUCCUAAAGAAGAUACCUUGAUAGAGACGCUAUCUACUGGCAGUAAUACUCACAAGGCCUACAGGAUAGAAGAAAUUCCUAAAGAUGAGUUAGUCCUGGCAGAAGAUGAAAUUCUUGUUUCUGUGGCUCAUUUUCACAAAGUCAUCUUCACAACCUUUGGUGUUCCAUUUUUUGUUAAAGUUAAAAAUGGGGAGUUGUUUGCUAAGGUUAAAGAAAGAAUAUUGAAGAAGUUAGGAGGACAAGAAAAAGAAUUUGAAAAGAUUAAAUUUGCUGUGGUUCUGAGGAAUAAAGAAGUUGUGUUUGUUGAUGAAAACGAAUAUACCUUCAACAUUGAAGAUUUCACUUAUCAAGCAGGUGGUCUCCAAAGCUGGAUAGGUUUGGAACAUGUGAAUAAAGCCACAAGACGCUCCCGUUUCAAUUAUUUGGAGAAAGCCAUCAAGAUUUACAACUGAUUGCAGAAGAGAAUGAGAAGGAAGCUGCAUCAGUCGAUUGUUAGUCUUGUCAAUGCAACCAAUCUCUUCACACCUACAAGAGCAAUAGCUCUGUUAAGACUGAAGAUACUCAAGUUCAUUAGCCUUGUGUGUGACUGGUUUCACUUGACAAGCAGUUUUUUUAAUCUUAUUUUUGAGUGCACUCACAAUCAAGAUAGGUGUGAUAAAUGACAGAUCGCCAUAAUUUUAAUCAUUGUGUUUUAUAGAGAUGUCAAUUUGAUUUUCACAUCUAUAAACAAUGAGGGUGAGUGACUAAGUAGGUAGUCCUGCAUACUUUCAGAACAGCAAUGUUUUUAAUGUCAAAACUGUGUUCUGGUUUUCAGUUCACUUUGGUCUUAUGUUCAUAAACCAGUGCUUUUCUUCUCCUUGAUGGGUUACCACUAAAUCUGCACUUUUUUAAUUUGUUGCAAGUGUAGUCAAUUUGUUGUCCAAAUCUAUUAUUGAAUGAACUAUUUAUGCUUUGGAAUUUCCUUGCAAAUGGCUCAACUACCUAUCCAACCCUUCCUAUCUAGAGCUGAUUGGGCUUUCAUUCAAAGAUGGUACAAUCCAAGCAACUGUUGUUAAGAGGCCUUUAAAUGUGUUGUUUGUAGAUAACGUAUGUACUCGUGAAUUAAUUUAUUUGGAAUGUGACAUGCAUGUUUGUGGACAGUCUCAUUUAUUUAACUUUUUAGUGUACAUACAAUGCUGAUGUGCAGGAAAACUUAAUAUGGGCCUGAUAAUUAAAUUAACUUGUAUUGAAUGAGUUACAGUUUUCUCAGAAGUACUGAUAGACUUCUCUGCAUUUUUGAUAAAAUCAAAUUUGCAAAACUACAAUGAGUGACUGUUACUUUAAUGCAUUUUUAGCCAAAGCUCUCCUUUAUAAUAAUGAUUUCAGGGCAUACUUUGUAUUUUGUCAUAAUGCAGUUGAUUAUGUGUUAAACUCCAUAGGCCCGUAGAUGUCAUAAAAGCACCUGUCCUGAGAGCUGACAGGUGGCCAAAGACUGCUCUACCAGCUAACGCCCCCCUCGUACGUUUGUGCUAUUUAUCCUAUACUGGUAUUCUUAGCACUGUAAAUAGUAUGUAUUCAUUAAAGUAAUUGCUCCGUUCUUCCUGUUGACUUGUUGUCCCACAUUUUAAAUAAAAUGAAAUCGUACUGAAGCACUGAUGUAUUGACAAUGCUACCUGUUUGUUAUUCCACAACAGUUGCCUUCCAGAAAUGCUUAUUCCAUGUGACAAGUCCAAUUACCAAAAUUAGGAAUCUUCUUUAUUCCAAUAUUUUAGAUCAAUUUCAGUUCAUAGUAAAUAUUUUUUACAGUACCUUACCAACUGGAUUGUUCUAUCCAUAAACCAGAAAUGUUCGAUAAAAUUAUACACGGAGUAUUUGCAAUAUUUUAGUAAAUGUGUACUGUCUUCAGCACUGCAUUAAGUAGAACACCUAAGGAGAAUCGGUGACUUACGGAUUUACUAAUGCAACUCUUUUUAGCUAAUAUUUUACUGUGAAUGACUAAUGUCAAGAGAUGUGCAUUCUUUUUCCAUAUUCUUGUACCUUUAUCUUGUUAAUCUUCAGAACAGUUGCACCACCUCUCUUCAAAUUGAAGUACCUUAAUGACAUGGUUAUGAGUGCACAUCUCUUGCAAUGCUUUGCUAUUGUUUUAAUGUAUAUUUUGUAAAUUUCUCACCAAUCCCAUAUAAAUAGUUUUGGGAGACCCACAUGUAUUUUGAGCAAUAUAACAAUAACCAGUGCCUUUCGUUUCAUGAGAAAUGGUGGGAUAAAUCCUUUUUAAAUGCAAAGUGGAAUGCUUACUAGGAGUUGAUUUUAUUUCAAUGGGAAUAUAUGAAUUAUCAACUAAAACUCUUUGUUAGGAACGUAAACUUACGAUUUUAUAUCUGGUUUUAUUACUUAACACCAUCCUCCAUUUUUAAAAAUUUCUGGAUAGUAUUUGGUCUAAUAGAACCCAUGUUUUUUCACUAAUUAUGAAAAAAAUCACUUUUUUGAGAUGUGAUGAUUCUGAUUAGUACGGUAGUACUUGAAUUAGAAUGAUGCCCUCGGAAUUCUCGCAACUUUGUUUUUAUACCAGUGGACAUUUAAUAAACUUCAAUGAUUUUUGAAGGUAAAAUCAAAUUUGUUACAGUUUGCAUUGACUUUGAGCAAUUCUUGAGGUAAUUCAAAUCAAAUUUAAGGAUUUACAGAGUAAAUGUACCUCAUUUCUUUGAAUGCUAUUGAGGGACUUCUCUCCCAAUUAUAUGUCAUCUGUAAUAGGAAAAUUUUAAUAGAUUGACAAAAAUUUGUGAUAGCUGUCUUCAAGGACACCAUAUGGUUAUUUGUGUGAUUUUCUGUUUAGGUAAUUUUAUGACAGGCAGCAUUAGAGUUUAAAGGCUAGUGCUUUUAACAAGGUUGAGCGAAACGAGAUUUUGUGAGCUCUUGCUGUAAGUCAUUCAUGUCUGUGAGCAACAGAAAAUUUGUUUAUGGCUGAAACUUGUGAAAUAGUAGUUAUUACUAAACCAUCUGAACUGAGUGUGAGAUGCAGUUCAAUACCCUGUUGGGAACUGAGUCUUCUAACCCUAGGAAAUGAGAGCAGUGCUGUAAAGGGACGGUAUGAGACACUUAAGCUGAGUAAUUUUUUUCAUUUCAUCCCAAGUCUCAGUGUUAGGGAACCGGGACCAACUCACACUCAUAGCUCUUCUCCCAAGGAGCAUUUUAUUGUCAUGAGUGUUUUUACUCUUCCACUGAUGUGUAGUGGCUACAAAUCAUUUGAAAAACUCAGUCCAUUUAUGAUUCUGUCUUGAAUUUAUCUUUGGGAACUAGCUGAUAUUGGUUGUAUUGAUUUACUGUUUGAUCAUCUAAUUCUGCUUUAUCAUAGAUGUGAAAGCUGGUAGGAUUUCUUUUUACAUCCCUUUAAAUGAAAUUGCAGUCUAUUGAUGAUCUUUUUACCCCAAGAACUCUCAGUAGCAUUGAGGAGAAACAAAAUAGUAACUCCAAUUAUAACCUCUUGACUAAAGAGCACUACUGUUGGAAUUCAUUUCUUGUACACCUGUAAUAAUAACAAUCAACUUACAGUCUAUGAUGCAGCUUAUGUGAUAGACAGCUAUGGUGAAUUUUGUGUUUAGAGUAAAGUGUAUUCAAUAUUAUUUAAUGUGAAGCCAGAAGAUUGUAAGAUCAUACAAGAAAUUGGUUGAGAUAUGGAGGGAGAUUUUCAUUCUGGAAAAUGAUGUUAAAAAGAGUUAUUGACUUUGUGAUACAUUGUUUGUAAAUAAUGACAUUUGUACUGUACAUACAGCCGAUUUAUUUGUAUGAGUGAAAUACAAAGAACUUAAAAUCAA